CAAAUAUACAAUUUUAAAAAUGGAAAUACUACAUCAAACAGUAAAAGGAAAAUGUAUAAAUUUACAUCAAGCACGUCUCUAUAAAACCCAUUGUAUCAACACCAUCAACCUCACACCCAUCAAAGAAGACUCCAAAGAAAUCCAGCAAAGAAAAGACAAUGGCUCCUCCCACAACCCUCGCUGUCCCAACAACGUUUGACGACCUCGAAGGAGAUUUCUGUAACAAGGAAGUUUUUGUCAGGCUGAUUCAUUGCUGGGAAGCCCGAAACUUCAAAAAGGCGAACAUACUCAUGGGAGUUGAGUUGCUCCUCAUAGACUCAAAGUCAACAACCAUUCAGGGGUUUAUCUCCACACACUUCCUUCCCCGCUUCAAAGAGGACCUGAAACCCAACACAAUUUACAAGCUCAACGGGUUCAGCAUCAGACUUUCCAAAUCAGUUUACAGAGUCUCACCACAUAAGCACGGGAUCAGCUUCAACAACAAGACAACCUUCACUCCUGUUCAUGAAGUGGACUACCAGAUUGAUUCUCAGCACUUUCGUAUACGAGAUCUCCAAGCGUUCACCGACAUUGUCGAUAAACACACAGAUCUUCUCGAUAUCAUUGGCUUUUUGCGAGUCAUCAAUGGGGACAACUUAGACACUCAGACACCCAUGGCUACUGCCCCAGCACCUGCUGGUGAAAGAUCAAAGGAUAUGGUCUUCUUGCAUGUGCAACUUGAAGACGGCGAGACAGCUCGUGUUUAUCUGUGGGACAAAAUUGCUGCUGUUUUCCGAAGUAGAUGGAAUGAUAGCAAGACAAAACCGUCAGUAAUCUUGCUCACCACUCUCAAUUCAAAAACACUUGGAGGUGUUGUUACCCUAAGCUCCACAGCCUCCACACGCCUCUUCUUUGACUCGGACAUCAUUGAUACAGAAAAAUUAUUAUCAAGGUUUGAAGCUGAUGGAAAAAUCCCACCAACUGUCAACAGCUCUUCCGCUGCAGUUACUAAAGUGGAGACAGUGACAUUGAAAGAAAUUCACAAAUUCUUAGAAAAUGAGUCACCACAGGUCGCUAACUUCAUUUGCACUGCAACAAUAACGGAUGUCAUGGAAGAAUAUGGUUGGUACUUCAUCUCCUGCACCGCCUGCAAGUCUCAACUUGAAAGGUCAGAAACAACUUUCAUUUGCCCUAACUUCAAGUGCAAGAAACCAAACACUGUCGGGCUCAUCAGGCUCAACUCUUUUAUAAACAUGUGCAUAUGUCAGAGACUCAGAGUCCUAGAACAAAGCCGCGGAUGUCGAUGAUUUUUGUCCGAAUGUCUUCUCUUUGUGAAACGCUCACGGUCCAGCUUCUCAUCCUCAUUGAUGCUUCUGAGAAACGUCUGCAGUUAUGGCAUUCAUUCAGUCUUGAGUUGCUAUGUCUCUUUAGUUCAUGUUCAAUGCAUCGAUCUCAUCGUCUUUUAUAAGAUACAAUCUUUCUAGACUCCCUCUUGCUACCGUCAAGUCUCCUCUUCGAGAUGCCAGGUUUGUACGCUUCAUGGAGAUUUUCUUUUGAUCUUCUCUAGAGAUUUAUAGUCAGUGGAUCGAGAACUACGAGUUUAUCUUUUGGGCACUCAUAUCCUAUGGGAAGAUGUAUUUUCCGCAGAUAUCUCUAUUGAAAAGAGCCUCACGUCAAUAGAACAUCUAUGACAUUCUCGCGGAUCAUUGAAUCCUGUCACAACCUCCCUCUUGCUUGCAGAUUUUGACCUCACUGCAACUCUUCAUCAUAAAAAAAGAUUACCGCAAGCAUGAAGUCCGAUAUCUAAUCGUGCAACAACAAUUGAAGAAUAAGUUUCAUUUACUACAAGAAACAGUCCUUAGGUGAUUUGGCAAGGAAGAGUCUAAGACUCACGGUUCAGAGAUGGAGAGCUAAGAAACAGAGGAUGCACCAUUGACACCAGAAGAUAAUCAUUCACUUCUUUUAGCUUCAGGUUUCUCCCGGUUUACUCCACCGGAGCUUUUACUCUCGAUGUUAUGUAGCUUCUUGACGCGAAGAUGAUGGUGAUUCAGUCAUCAGUAAACGUACACCGGCUUAACAAGUAAUGGAACUAGCCAACACGAACACUCAUUUACGAGGUCAGAUUUAAAUCCAAAAUCUAAUAAGUUUGAUAAUCCUUAUUUGAUUUCUCACUUACUAGCUUAGGCUUAGCGUGGAUAUUUUUCCAAUAUAUAUUGUUGGGAAAGUAAGGGGCAUUAGGACUACUUACAAUGAAGCGACUAAAAGUACACAACGUAACGUAUGAUGAUCACCCUUAGCAUAGAAAGGCACUCAAAUAUAUGCCCAAGUGUUUUUGACGGAAUGGCUAAGCUCCUUGAUGAAAACCUGCUGCUUACCGGUGAUGUACUUGAGAUCACUCCUGUGAAAAAUGGUGACUGUGUGGGAAAUGAUGAUGUUGAAGGUGGAGAAAGUGAGGCCACAGCUUCAAGUCACACCUCUGUUGAAGGAAGGGAGACAAGCGAGGAGGCAACUGUGAAGGAAAAUGGGUAGUCCGGCAAGUAGGUACAGUGUGAGUAACAUCCAAAGCACAAGGGGAGAUCAAGUUACAGGACAGGAGUGCGUUUAAGUUGCAUUAGUUUCUAAAUUACAUCUCCAACCGUAUGAAAUCUGAGUACUUCCAAGCUUAUAGCUAUUUUGUUUUGCUUUUUUUUUUUUUUUCAAAAUGUUAACCUCCACAGUCCUUUUGGACUAAGCAAAUAUUAAGAUCCUGAUCCUCAACCCUUUUCCAAUUA